AUGGCUCAGCACCAAGUCAUCCCUGGUGCAACAAUGAACGCUUCAUCAUUAUUCGGCUUACCACGCUUCGAUCAUUGUGCCCUGUCCUUUAACAAUACCCUCUACAUCUUUGGCGGUCACCUCAAUAAUGGAACGGUCGCAUUGCAAUUCGCAUCAUCCAUUACAUCUCAGCCACCGAUAUACAGGCCGAUAUACACAGAUAAGGCAUGGCUAUGGCACGAUAUCAUGGAGGGUGGCGGCUGUGCUGUCACAAGUUAUGGUCAGGUGAUUAUGUUGCCGCCUCAAAAACCUUGUGCCAUUCUCAAUUUGGAUACACUGCAACCUACCGCUUUUACGAGGGUAACUGGAUCACCCGUGGCAUUGGAUUCAUUCGGCAACAAUAGCAAUAUCAAUUCCUCCUUUAUUGAAUCGCCACCACGACCACGACGUCAAAUGGCUAGCACUAUGUGGAAUGACAUGCUCGUGGUUUUCGGUGGCCUCGUAUACGAUAAUACAACAAUAGAGCCAACUACUACUAGAACAACGACCAAUUGGACCUUAUCACAAGCAACCUUUGUACUUGAUGCACGAAUACAAUCGCAAUGGAUAUGGUACGAGGUUCCUAUAGUGCUUGGUAACACACCACCUACGGGCACCAAUGCUGUGAUGGUGAGCACACAAAGGUGGAUUUUAUUGUUCUCGAUUGUGCCGGCAUACAGCUCAAAUCAGCAAGAUACAACAACAUCAUCACCGACACAUUACAACGUAUCCGUAUACUGCUUCGAUCCUUAUGUGUACAUGUGGACAGGCAAGGUUGUCGAAUUCAUAAGUCAAACCGAUACCAUCAAGGCUGAAUCCAUGGUUACUACCAAUAACAGUGAUUCGGUACUCGUUGUUCCCGCUUACUCAAGUAACAAUGGCAGCAAUGAUGUACCAUUAUCGCUUUCACGUAUUGCUUUAUUGGAGUCGUAUGGAUUGUGGCGAUUAGAAAUGUCCACCAGUGAAGCAACAGGCACCAUCCAUUGGAUCCCUCCAUCUCGUUUAGGUCCAUUUAGGCCUAUGAUGGGUGGAUCAGUGACCAAGGUGAGCCAUGAUUUGAUUGUUCUUUAUGGUGGUAUACCUUUUAGCCACGACAGCUUCCGUUUUUGGAAUUCAUCUUCGUUGUCGUUCUUGGAUGCUCGUUGGUGGAGCGAGAUACAGUGGCAUCCUAACCGCACCACCCCAACCACUUCAUCGGCUAACGAUCACCAAGGUGUGUCAAAUCACAAAUUAGCUAUCAUUCUUGGCACUGUGCUGGGGUUUGUGGCCCUCGUGAUGAUCAUUUUUGUUUGUUAUUGGUGUUGUUAUCGCCGUCGGCGUCGUGAGCAACCAGAUGCAGCACACAAUCAUGCACCUCGGUCACCAAUGGUUGAGGACCACACUACACAAAUGCCGAAUCGACAUCUUACAGUAACCCCAGAUCAAGUUGCCACAGCAUGGGCCACUCAACUUAAAAGAGCCCUUUCCAAUGUCGGUCGUCAAUCAUCGUUUACAAAACAACGUAGACAAUCAUCAUCUUUACAACCAUCACCAGCCAAUGUACCAUCAUCAUCUCAAUCACCACCACCACCUCCUCCUCCAUCAUCCGGUGCAACACCUCGUAUCCAUGACAACGAUGAUGAGGUGGAUUAUGAACGACAACGACAAAUUCGUGAAGCGAGUAGAUUUAAUGAGCAUUUUGAUUUGAUGGCUCCAACCGAUACAAACAUGUUGGAUCGAGUGUCAGAGGAAGAGCAAGUUGGUAGUAGUAAUAGUAGUAGUGGUGAUCCGGGAGCAUCAACAUCGACGACCGAUCAAAGAGGUGAACAAGUACGCACCACCACCACCACCACGUGA